AUGUCAAACCAAGUUGAUGAUGACUUAGUGCCAGAAGAAGUAGAAGGAUACAAUGUGGGAGAGAAGAAGACAAUUGAAGAAUACAACAAAUUAGACGCUGAGGAUGAAAGUUUAGCGAAAUGGAAAGCAUCGUUGGGUUUAGCCACGGAUUCGACCCCAUACCCGGUGAAGCCAGGGGACAAACGUAAAGUAGUUGUUACCGAACUUGCAUUGGAAUUCCCAGAACAGCCAGAAUUGGAACCUAUAAGAAUAAAAUUAGAAGACGCGCACGGUAAUACGAUUGUCGAUAAGGAAGUCAAGUUUAGUAUAAAGGAGAAAAGCAUUUACCAGCUCGUGGUCAAAUUCAGAGUUCAACAUGAGAUAAUCACUGGUUUGAAGUAUUUGCACUCGGUUAAAAGAGGCGGUUUGAGAGUCGACAAAGUCGAAGAACCAUUGGGCAGUUAUGCUCCAAAUACAAUAGAAACCCCAUUUUAUGAAAGGAGAUUUACCGAAGUAGAAGCUCCUUCUGGAAUUCUUGCUCGAGGCACUUAUUCUGCUCUCUCAAAAUUCAUCGAUGACGAUAAAACGGUCCACUUGACUGUUCCUUGGAGUUUUUCGAUUGUCAAAUAA